AAUCAGUUGACUCUCACAAGGCCCUACAUGAUUGAGAUCAUGUACUCUGAUCAAAUCCAAAUAUCAGAUCUCACUUUGGUCAAUUCCCCAACUUGGUUUGUCCAUCCAAUUUACAGCAGUAACAUAAUCGUAAAAGGGCUUACCAUUCUUGCCCCAGUGGAUUCUCCUAACACAGAUGGCAUAAACCCAGAUUCGUGCACAAACACUAGGAUUGAAGACUGCUACAUUGUUUCUGGUGAUGAUUGCAUUUCGGCAAAAAGCGGGUGGGAUGAGUAUGGUAUUAAAUUUGGAAGGCCAACCCAACACUUAGUGAUAAGAAGAGUGACUUGUAUAUCCCCAGACAGUGCCAUGGUUGCACUAGGCAGUGAAAUGUCUGGUGGAAUUGAAGAUGUUAGAGUUGAAGAUCUCACUGCCAUCAACACAGAAUCAGCUGUUAGAAUCAAAACAGCAGUUGGUAGAGGUGGAUUUGUGAAGAACAUAUUUGUGAGAGGAUUGAAUCUGAAUACCAUGAAAUAUGUAUUUUGGAUGACUGGUUCUUAUGGACAACACCCUGACUCUCACUAUGACCCCAAAGCACUUCCUACCAUUACCGGAAUAAAUUUCAAAGAUGUUGUUGCCAAGAAUGUUACAUAUUCUGCAAAACUUGAAGGAAUCUCCAACGACCCUUUUACUGGAAUCUGCAUUUCUAAUGUGACUAUCGAAGUGAGUGCACUGAAGAAGAAGAAGCUUCAAUGGAAUUGCACUGAUGUUGCUGGAGUUACCAAUAAUGUCACUCCUCCACCUUGUGCAUUGCUGCCACAGAAAGAUAAAACUGAUUGUGCUUUUCCAAAUGACAAACUACCCAUUGAAGCUGUUCAAUUCAAGACAUGUUCCUUAUAAA